AUGAGGGGUGGGGUCAGGUCUGGGGCAAAGGAGGUGGGGUCAGGUGUGGGUGUCAAGGAGGUGGGGUCAGGUGUGGAGCAAGGAGGUGGGGGUCAGGUGUGGAGCAGGGGAGGAGGGUCAAGUGUGGAGCAUGGAGGUGGGGUCAGGUGUGGAGCAGUGAGGUGGGGUCAGGUGUGGAGGUGGGAGGUGUGGGUGGUGUCAGGUGUGGAGGUGGGGUCAGGUUGGAGCAGGGAGGUGGGGUCAGGUGUGAGCAAGGAGGUGGGGUCAGGUGUAGGAGCAUGGGAGGUGGGGUCAGGUGUGGAGCAGGGGGGUGGGGGUCAGGUGUGGAGCAAGGAUGUGGGGUCAGGUGUGGAGUGUGAGGUGGGAUCAGGUGUGUGGAGGUGGGGUCAGGAGUGUGGAGCAGGGAGGUGGGGUCAGGUGUGGAGCAGGGAGUCAGGUGUGGGAGUAUGGAGGUGGAGUCAGGUGUGGAGAUGGGGUCAGGAGGGAUGGUGGGGUCAGGUGUGA